CUCGGUGCUUUAGUCUUUGAACGUAACGUCAACUAAAUGUUGUGUUGAACGUUAAUUUAUUUGAGCAAGUUUCAGAUGAGCAACGUCGAGCAGCGUGCCUGUCGGAUGAGUUUCUGGCUGUGUUUUUCUUGACUGGCUUUCAUUAGACUAAUCGCUACCUCAAAGAAAUUAAACUGGUCGAAUACCCCAGGACUUUAAAGAAGCCAUGUUACACAUCCCAGUGAAGCCAGCAGUCGACUCAAACAUCAGGACACCUGGAAAGGCUGCUAAGACACAACCAGCCCAGAAACGUGCAGUCAAAUCUUCUGCUGAUAAAUGGAAGUCUUCAUUCAAACCAUUAGGAGAAGAAGAUGACUCUCCGGACACAAGAACUGGCAGUUCAGAAAAGGUUGAAAUCUAUAAUCCUUACGAUCCUGACUCCUCCGACUCUGAGCACGAGAUGACCGCCCAAGGACACAACCACUCCCCACCCGAUCAAGACGAAGGCUGCCUUAAAAAAGGCCGCUGGGACAGGAGUUACUCCGAAUCAGCGAGCCGACUCCUCGACAGAUGUGACUUCAGCCCUGAAACCAGACCCACAGAGAGCCGAGGUUUCAGCACAGGUCAUAGACUGCCUGAACGACAGGCUUAUGCCCCCACCACGGAAUCACUUGACCGACCAGGUUUUGACUCCAUAAGUAGACCCCUGGACCACAGGGUCUGCAGCCCUGAACGGCAUGUACACGGCUCCUCCACCCAACGCUUUCUUGCAUCUUAUGGAGGACAGAGGACCAACGGGGAGGAGAGGAUAAUAAUACCAGAAUACAGCAGGGAGAUGACCACUACUGUUAGAUUAUCCCCCCCCAGGUUACAGCGGGACUAUCAACAUCAGUUGGAAUAUGUGGAUACAGGACUGGACCAUGUCAAACCUUCCACAGAGGUGCCAAGAAGCAGGAAAAUAAUAAUGGACAAGAGCCCCAUCAUCUGUGACCUUUGCGAAGUUGAGUUAGCCAAUGGCCGCGAGCUGGAGGAGCACUUGGAGAGCAAGAGUCACUGGGACACCCUGGAGCACAUCCAGCAGCAGAAUAAUUACGAUGAUCUGGCUAUAGCCUUCAUACAGGACGUCAUGCUGUAUAAAAGUCAGCAGUUCAGCCGAAACAUAGAGGAUAGUGCACUUCAAGCUCUGCAGGACAACGACCACAUGACAAAGAUUGAAAUGUUCCACUGUGCGGCUUGCAGCGUCUUCAUAUCCACAUCUGCAUCGUCAGUGCAGACUCACAUUACCUCUCAGGAACACCUCUCCAACACAAAGGACUUUCAAGUGCAGCAGAGACGUUCUUGCCUCGCCAAAGCAGAAACUAUGAUGAAGGAGAUGAAACCUCAGUUUGAACACUUCCUGAAGGGUGGCAGCCCAUUUGAAUGAUGGAAAUCAUUGAAAAGUCUCCAAAAUACUGGUUUCCACUGACAGGCUGUUUUGUGUCAGAUGAACUGUGGACUUGAACCUCAAUCGCACCCGCACGUAAAUGCUGCGGCACCACUCAUGGACCUUUUUCACAGCAGACAUUUUUGACUUGUCAUAGAAAAGCAUUGAUAACCGUAUUUAAGAUACCGUAUUUUUGUUUUUCGGUCAAAUGGCCUUUUGAAUGGGAAUGCUAGGGGCACUUUUAUGCUAGCUUCAAAAUAGCUA